AUGUACGACGAGUCGCAUCUUGAGCAGCACGACGACGCGCAGAUGAAUGAAGCUGGGCAGGAUGUUCCUGUUGCUCGUGGCCAGCCCAAACUAAACGAGAUUGCAACUAAGGCGAGGUCGAUGGCACGGACGUACAUGCCGUCUAAACCUGACAAGUACGGAGUACGUUUGUACGCUGUGGUUGACUGGAACUCACUCUACGUUCAUACACUACGGGACAACGCGUCCGUCAACACACAGCCAACUACACCAGCGCAGCAAUAG